AUGGCACGUCUUACACAGUACAACUAUGUUUUCGCCAUCGGCACAUUCUUUGCCAUGCUCGAUGCCUACAACAACGGUGCUAACGAUGUUGCCAACGCAUGGGCUACUUCAGUCUCUUCCCGCUCGGUUUCCUACCGCCAGGCCAUGAUUCUCGGUACCAUCUUCGAGAUGGUUGGUGCCAUUACCGUUGGUGCCCGUACCGCUGAAACCAUCAAGAACGGUAUCAUUCCUCCUACUGCCUUCAAGGGCGAUGCUGGUGUUCAAAUGCUCGCCUUCACCUGUGCUCUGGCUGGUGCAUCCAUGUGGGUCAUGUGGUGCACCAAGCACUCGGCUCACGUCUCGUCCUCAUACUCGCUCAUCUCUUCCGUCGCUGGUGUCGGUGUCGCUGUUGCCGGUGCUGCCAACGUACAAUGGGGCUGGAACAAGGGCAAGGGUCUUGGUGCUAUCUUCGCUGGUCUUGGAAUGGCUCCCGCUGCCUCUGCCUGCUUCGGUGCCAUCAUCUUCAUGUUGAUCAAGAUGACUGUACACGUCCGCAAGAACCCCAUCCCUUGGGCCAUUUGGACCGCCCCCUUCUUCUUCCUCAUCGCCGGAACCAUUUGCACGCUCUCCAUCGUCUACAAGGGAUCGCCCAACCUCGGUCUGAACAAGAAGCCAGCGUGGUUUGUCGCGACCGUCACCAUGUCUUGCGGUGUCGGUCUCGCUGCCCUGUCCUUCCUCUUCUUCGUUCCUUACCUAUACACCAAGGUUGUCAAGCGUGACCACACCGUUCGCUGGUACCACGUUUUCCAAGGCCCCCUUCUCUUCAAGCGUCCUACCCUCGAAGGUGCUGAGGCUGCUGUUGUCCCCGACUACGCCGUCGUACAGGAAGACGAAGAGAUGAAGAAGCCUGAGCACGGCAGCGACUCUGAAGUUGGUGUCAUUGGCCACGACGGUGAAAAGGGCGCCAUCAGUGCCGAUGUUGCCGAGCACCAACAACUCAGCUACAAGCAGCUUGUCGAGCAAGGUCAAGAACGCUUUCACGCUAAGCUCAGGCAAAAGCGCGGACCUCUUGGCUGGGCUAUGCGAUACCUUCACGAGAACAAGAUCCAGACUGGUGAGAUCUACGAGAAGAAGAACAUGCUCAUCACCCUCAAGCGCAUCCCCGCCAUGAUCACCGUCGGUGCUCUCUACGGUGUCAACUACGAUAUUCACGCCGCCCAGACUGGUAUUCACGGUACUCCCGAAGGUCGCCGCAUGGAGCGCGUCUACAGCCACGCUAAGAAGUACUCCAACGAGGUCGAGCACACCUACUCUUUCGUACAAGUUCUCACUGCCUGCACUGCCUCAUUCGCUCACGGUGCCAACGAUAUCGGUAACGCUGUCGGUCCCUGGGCUGUCAUCUACGGUGCCUGGAACACUGGCAAGGCCGCUUCAUCCAAGGCCCCCGUUCCCGUCUGGCAACUUGCUGUUCUCUCCGCUACUCUUUCUCUCGGUCUCAUCACCUACGGCUACAACAUCAUGAAGGUCAUGGGUAACAAGAUCACCUACCACUCUCCCAGCAGAGGUUGCUCCAUGGAGAUGGGUGCCGCUCUUACUGUCCUCAUCUUUUCGCAAUACUCGCUGCCCGUCUCCACAUCCAUGUGCAUUACUGGUGCCACCGUUGGUGUCGGUCUUUGCAACGGUACUCUCAAGGCAGUCAACUGGCAACGAGUUGGUCUCUUGGUCUUCUCCUGGAUCAUGACAAUUCCCAUCGCUGGUACCAUUGGUGGUGUCUCCUGCGCCAUUGUGCUCAACGCUCCCCACUUCGGUUAA